UCGGACCCGGCUGCCUGGCUCUUUCUCCCCGCGGCUCGCGUCUCUCUCACCGGGGAGGAGGAAGGCUCUGUCCCCGCGGUCCUGCUGCUGCUGCUCGGCUGUGGAAGCCUCCGGGAAAACCCAGCACAACCGGCCGGGGAGGAAGCGGUCAUACAUGCGGGCUGCUCCCACCGGAGGACCGGGCUCCUGCUCCUGCUUCCCCGCCUCAUAGCGUCCGUGGAGCGGGGCUGAUGGCCCUGGUGCUCGGCCCGGCCUCCAUCAUCACCAUCCCCCGCCUGUAGGGAGCUACGAGCCGGAGCUUCCGCUAGCGGGUCCGGGCGGAGGAGGAGCCCGGCGGAGGGCUUAGCACCGCCCGGUGCAUGGUGCCGCGGAGCCGCAGGGACCGGAGGAGCCGCCGGAGCUGACCCGGAGAUGGCGGUCCUCAAGCUGGCCGAGCAGCCGCCUCUCAUCCAGGCGAUCUUCAGUGGAGACCCUGAGGAAAUCCGAAUGCUCAUAUACAAGUCCGAAGACAUCAAUGCUCUGGAUGCAGAGAAGCGCACGCCGCUCCACGCGGCGGCGUUCCUGGGCGACGCCGAGAUCACCGAGCUGCUCAUCCUCUCCGGAGCACGAGUCAACGCCAAAGACAACAUGUGGCUCACCCCUCUGCAUCGUGCUGUGGCCUCCCGGAGCGAAGAGGCCGUACGAGUUCUGAUCCGUCACUCGGCCGACGUCAACGCUCGGGACAAGAACUGGCAGACGCCGCUUCACGUGGCCGCGGCCAACAACGCGCUGCGGUGCGCCGAGGUCAUCAUCCCGCUGCUGAGUAGCGUCAACGUGUCGGACCGCGGCGGACGCACCGCCCUGCACCACGCUGCCCUCAACGGUCACACUGAGAUGGUGAAUCUCCUUCUCGCCAAAGGAGCCAACAUCAACGCCUUCGAUAAGAAAGACGGCCGAGCGCUGCACUGGGCGGCUUUCAUGGGUCAUCUGGAUGUGGUGUGUCUGCUGGUGAGUCAGGGGGCAGAGAUCAGCUGCAAGGACAAACGAGGAUACACCCCCCUCCACACGGCGGCGUCCAGCGGACAGAUCGCCGUGGUCAAACACCUGCUGAACCUGUCUGUGGAGAUCGACGAGUCCAACGCCUUCGGGAACACGGCGCUCCACGUGGCGUGCUUCAACGGGCAGGACGCCGUCGUGAGCGAGCUCAUCGAUUACGGCGCCAACGUCAGCCAGGCCAACAACAAGGGCUUCACGCCGCUGCACUUCGCCGCCGCCUCCACGCACGGGGCGCUCUGCCUGGAGUUCCUGGUCAACAACGGGGCCGACGUCAACGUGCAGAGCCGGGAUGGGAAGAGUCCUCUCCACAUGACGGCGGUUCACGGACGCUUCACUCGCUCUCAGACGCUGAUCCAGAACGGUGGGGAGAUCGACUGCGUGGACAAGGACGGGAACACGCCUCUCCACAUCGCCGCCCGCUUCGGCCACGAGCUCCUCAUCAACACGCUCAUCACCAGCGGAGCAGACUGCACCAGGCGAGGAGUCCACGGGAUGUUUCCUCUGCACCUGGCGGCUCUGAACGCUCACUCCGACUGCUGCCGCAAGCUGCUGUCCUCAGGUUUCCAGAUCGACACCCCCGACACGCUGGGGAGGACCUGCCUGCACGCUGCUGCGGCCGGAGGUAACGUGGAGUGUGUGAAGUUGCUCCUGAGCAGCGGAGGAGAUCACAACAGGAGAGACACAUGUGGAAGGACUCCUCUUCACUACGCCGCCGCCAGUCGUCACUACCAGUGUCUGGAGACGCUGGUGGCGUGUGGCACCGCCAUUAACGUCACCGACCAGUGGGGGCGCUCUGCCCUGCACUACGCCGCGGCCUCGGACCUGGACAGGAGGCGUCGUGUGAAUCUGGAGCCGGAGAGUGAGGGAGUUCAGGCAGAGAGAGAGAAAGAGGCCGGACUAUGUUUGGAGUUCCUGCUGCAGAGCGGCGCCACGGCCUCGCUCCGGGACAAGCAGGGCUACAGCUCGGUGCACUACGCCGCCGCCUACGGACACCGGCACGGGCUGGAACUGCUGCUGGACAGAGACGACAGUCGCCAUGACGACCCUGAAUCUCCAAGCGCCAGGAGCCCGCUGCACCUCGCCUCGUACCACGGCCACGCUCAGGCGCUGGAGGUCCUGCUGCAGGGCGAGCGGGAGGUGGACCAGGGGGACGAGGUGGGGCGGACCCCCUUGGCCCUGGCCGCCCUCCGGGGCCACACGGACUGCGUUCACACCCUCCUCAGCCAGGGGGCGUCACCGCGCACCACGGACACGCAGCACGGACGCACCCCCGUCCACCUGGCAGUGAUGAACGGUCACACGACGUGCGUGCGCCUCCUGCUGGACGAAUCCGACUGUGCAGAGCUGGUGGACGCUGCUGACUCUCUGGGACAGACGCCUCUGAUGCUGGCGGUGGCCGGAGGUCACGUGGACGCCAUGUCGCUGCUGCUGGAGAGGGAGGCGAGCGUCAACCUGGCGGAUAACCACGGCCUCACGGCUCUGCACCUCGGGCUGCUGUGUGGUCAGGAGGAGUGUAUCCAGUGUCUGUUGGAGCAGGAAGCCUCCGUCCUGCUCGGUGACUCUCGGGGUCGCACGCCCAUCCACCUCGCCGCCGCCCGGGGCCACGCCUCCUGGCUGAGCGAGCUGCUGAGCAUCGCCUGCUCCGAGCCGCCGUCCCUGCCGCCGCUGAGAGACCACAGCGGAUACACGCCGCUGCACUGGGCCUGUUACUACGGUCAGGAGGGGUGUGUCGAGGUCCUGCUGGAGCAGAAAGGUUGUCGCUGUAUCGAUGGAAACCCGUUCACGCCGCUGCACUGCGCUGUGGUGAACGACCACGAGCCGUGUGCGUCUCUGCUGCUGGAGGCCAUGGGCUCCGACAUCGCCGGCUGCAAGGACGCCAAGGACAGGACUCCUCUUCACGCCGCGGCCUUCACGGGUCACGUGGAAUGCGUCCAGCUGCUGCUCUCACACGAUGUGACCGUCGAUGACGUGGACCAAUCAGGUCGCACGGCUCUGAUGAUGGCGGCUGAGAAGGGCAAAGUCGGGGUCCUCGACGUGCUGUUGACCGGCGCCAGCGCCAAGAUCAGCACCACGGACAAAGAUGGCAACACGGCGCUGCACCUGUCCUGCAGUAACGGAAAGGAGGACUGUGUGAUGUUGAUCCUGGAGAAACUCACGGACACUUCGCUCAUCAGCUCCACGAACGCAGCGCUGCAGACUCCUCUGCACCUGGCGGCACGCAGCGGCCUGAAGCAGGCGGUGCAGGAGCUUCUGUCCCGAGGAGCCAACGUUCAGACGGUGGAUGAGAACGGUCUGACCCCCGCUCUGGCUUGCGCUCCGAGCAGAGAGGUGGCUGAUUGCCUGGCUCUCAUUCUGGCUACCAUGAUGCCUUUCUGCUCCCCUUGCAGCUCCGGGGCUCCGUCCCCAGGCGUCCUGCUGAGGCACCUGCCCCCCCCGGCUGGAAAAGGCCCCGGCCCCGGCCCCCCCGGCCCUCGGGCCCCCCGGAGCCCCAGGAACCCCUCCAGACCCUCGAGUGAGGGGACCACCGAGAACGACUCGGAGGACUCGGAAACAUUCUGA